AACGUCCUAAGCGGAUGCUCCCGCUUUAUAGCCCCUGUGACGUGUCUGGGUUACCCCUUCUAUCUUUGACGAUAUGAUGCGCUGUCAGCUGACUGCAGUAAAUUCACCGACCAUCACUGCAAACACAGACCAGGAGCUGGAGGAUCAAUAUAUUCUUGUCGAUCUAUCUCUCUCCGAACUAAACUAUGGCUAGCCAGUCCCAGGGUAUCCAGCAGCUUUUGCAAGCCGAAAAACGAGCUGCAGAAAAAGUCGCAGAAGCCCGCAAACGUAAGUUCAAACCUGCUGUCAUUCAACGGCUUAGUUAAACUAAGCUAGCUAGCUGAUGUUAGCUUGAUUGGCUAACAUUUUUCUGGAAAGUAGCUAGUUAAUGGCAUAAGUAACAUUUUAUUUAUAAGUAGCUACUGUAAUAAACCCCCGAUUUGACAGCCAACAGAUAUAUAUUUAUUCCUAACGGCAAAGUGAGAAGGUGGCAAGGCCUUCAAUCCAAGCUAACUAGCUAGUUUGCCAGCAGAUCUGUGAACCGCUUGUUUACAGCUGCACUACUAGGUUCGGACUGACUCCUGUAUAGAUUUAAUGGGGGGGGGGGGGGGGGGGUCGUCGGAUUUUUUCCAGUCAGAGCUCGUUUUUUUAAGAGUUCCCAGUUUUCUUGCCUCAGUCUUAAAGGAAAAAUUGACAAAUAAUACAAAAUAUUUCCUUUACCCUCCAGUCUACUCCAACAGACCCCCAUUUCCCAGACCUACCUCUGGACUAAAAAACACUUUUUAAUUGGAGAUUCUCCACUGAACAUAGUUUUUAGCCCCAGAGUAGGCCUAGACUUAAAAUCUGGUCUUGGGAAACAUGCCUUGACAGUAGGAUACUUGCUUCUUUCCUCACUAUUAUUUCACUAGGUCUCAUUUCCCUGUGAAACAAUAGGAUUUCCCACUUCCUCUUUUGCCAGGAAGCACACAACAAACUGCGUAGUUGGGUAAACUUGAUUGGUCGGGAAAUUCAAUCAAUGUCCACUCCAAUUCAUUUCACUUACUAGGCCUAAGUGCAGAUUUUUUUUCUGUUUGAUCAGGUAAGAACCGUCGGCUGAAGCAGGCCAAGGAGGAAGCCCAGGCCGAGAUUGAGCAGUACCGUAUGCAGAGGGAGAAGGAGUUUAAGACCAAGGAGGCUGCGGUGAGUCACUGGGGGGAAAGUUUUAAUUGGCAAAGGGGAAACAUGAGUCAUAUGUUUUCCUAGUCAUAAGGCACUGUAGUUGGUAGCUAAAUUGAUAAGACCUUAACACUGGCCAUAUAAUAACUUAUUUAAUACUUACUUUAUGUUUGAAGUGGUUUGUCUUGUAAGGUGGCCUUAAUCGGUCUUCCAUUUCUCCAUUAGGCUCUUGGAUCCCAUGGUAACUCUGCUGUAGAGGUGGACAAAGAGACCGUGGGCAAGAUGGGUAGCAUCCAGACCAGCUACCAGCAGAACCGGGAAGGGGUGCUGGGCAACCUGCUUAAGAUGGUGUGUGACAUCAAGCCAGAGAUACAUGCCAAUUACCGUUUUGCAGGUUAACCCCCCCCUAUUUUCUCUACAAAUAUAAUCAUCAGAUGUGUAUACGAUUCAGAUAGGUAUACAUUUGUCCAGUCAAAUAUAAAGCAUAUUCACUCCGUUGGAUAAUCAAAGCAGGCAGAGGUUGUGUUGGUCCUAUGCAGUGUCUGUUUCCCGUCUUCAUGGCUUGUAGUAUCAAGGUUUUUCUGUAAAGCUUAGUGUGUGUCUUGCUAUACAAUGUGAUGUUUAUUUAUAUGGACAUAUUGUUCUUGUUUUAUUCGUGGAGACCAAAAUACAGUACUUCUUCCACUUAAUGGACUGUUAGACCUGAAAAAAAGACAAUUACAUUGCUGUUUUGUUUGAAUGUUUUCCUGCUGUCCCAAUUUAUUUACUCAUCUCCUCUAUAAAUAUGAAUGUGUUAUCCUGUAUAGUAGACAUUCCUCUGUUCACAAAUAUUGUGACUUUAUUAAACUAAUAAAGUGUUCUGGUGGUUUAUCCUUGAGUGACUGAAGUG